UUGCAAGACAGCCAAGGACAUUCGCCUCUAUCUUGGGCGGAUUCCAAUGGUUGCACCACGGUAGUUGGGGCUGUCUUGCGAGACAAGAGGACGGAUAAGGGCAUUGUCGACAAGGACGGGAUGGAUGCGAUAUCAUGGGCUUGCGGCGGUGGUCGUCUCUUAAAGUACAAGUGCCCCGGAGUGGACCCCAAGGACGCAGACGGCUGGAGACCGCUAGCAUGGGCUAUCCAGACAAACUCGGCCAGCACGGUGGAGAUGCUACUCGCAACGGGAUCCAUCGACCUGGAACAAGGGGACACGACUGGACGCAGCGCCUUGUCCUGGGCAGUCGGCCACGGCCAUGCCCAAGUGGUAAGGCUGCUGCUGCGUGCAGGCGCCAACCCUUACUCGACGAGCGAGUGGGGUUACACGCCUUUGUCUACGGCGGAGCAGUAUGGGUGGGACGAUAUCAAGGCGGAUUUACUCUUGUACAUGGAGACGAAUACUAUGCUGCAGCCAGGUCACGAGCCGGGGGGAAAGAGAAGAAAAAAGCGAUGCCACCCAAGUAGGGACGUAGCUUGGGAGCGGUCUGCGGAACGUCGCAGCAUACAGCAAUCGUGCUUGGGAAAACUCUGUUUUUGA